AUGACCCAGCCCCUCGAUAGAAAAGAGGAUCCUCUUAACCUGGGCCGCGCGGGGGCGUCCUCUGCCCCAUUAAGCACCUGGUCUUCCUGCCAUCGAAGGCGCAGGGGCGCUCCGGUUUACAGGCGGUGGCAUCGCUAUGGUCCCAAGGCCAAGUAUGAGUCCCCGAGGAAACAGCCGAAGCAACAGCACGGCUCAGGACCUUGGUUCCAGCCACCCAGACGUCCCUCUUGGGCCGUGUAUUCUAAUUGGGGGCGCUGGGGAGGACCCUGGCACCCACCUCCGAAGGGAUUCCGGAAGCCCCCUGGCCGGGUGCAAGUGAUCCAGGUGUACGGCCUGCACGCACUCUGCCUUUGCUGCUGCUCCUGCUGGCGCGGGCCCUGGAAUCCCGGCUGGGCGAGGCCCCAGGGCAGGAAGAAGCGCUGGGGCCGCCGGGGCCGCGGCCUGCGCCGCGACCCUCGCCGCUCCUUCCAGAGGAGCCCUUCCGAGGAUCUGAGCACGCUGCUGCGGCCGGUCAACCUGUGCAGGUGGCGGGAACCCGGCCUGCGCGCGCCGCGGAACACCACCCAGUUCAUCAUGAACCAGAUCUACGAGGAUAUGCGGCAGCAGGAGGAGCUGGAGCGCCAGCAGGGGGCGCUGCGGGCGCAGCAGGCCCAGGCGGGCGGCACCGCAUCCCCGGCCGGCUCCUUCGGAAACGAUGCGCCCCCCAGCGGUGGCGAGGAAGACGCGGAGCUGCGGGAAACUUUGUAUAGCUUUGGGCAGAAUCCCUCUCUAGCCUUCAGUCCUGACGCGGAUGGGGAAAACCAGUCUCCAAGCCCACAGCUGGUAGAGGAAGAGGAGAAAAAUGAGGAGGAGGAGGAGUGUGAUGGCAAGGAGUUGGAGAGCGAGGAGGAGGGUGCAGAGGCAGAGGCCAAGGAUGAAGAGGAGGUCAAAGAGUCUGAUGACUCUGUGAAGGAGGAAGAGGAGGCGAUGGAAGAGGAAGAGGAGGGGCUGGAGGAGGAUGAACCGAGGGAGGAAGAGGAUCCUUUGCCUCUGGAAAUGGCUUUAUCAAUCCUAGUGGGAGCUGAAGAAGAGAGAGAGAACUUUAUAAACUGUACUUAUUUAAACCCAAAACAGAUAAUUCCCUAA